GUGAGCGCGUCCCGUCGAAGCGCGCCUUUCUUCUCCCCAUCGCUGUCGCGUGCGCCGCGCCUUUAUUCAAGUCAGCGUCCUUGCCCGUCAUGAAUACUACCGCCAUGCCGGACCCAAUCCGAAUGGAGGUCGAGAAGGGCCAUGCGCCUGAGAUCAAGACCUCCGGCUCCAGCCAGGACGGCGAGGUCUUCGGUGACUACAGAGAGCCUCGCCUGAUGACCCGUUUGGGUCUGACUGCCGAAUCUUUCAAGCGCCGAAAUGCUUCAGACAAGCACAAUCAGCUCAACAAGACCAUGAAGGCUCGCCACCUGAACAUGAUUGCCAUUGGUGGCUCCAUCGGUGCUGGUCUUUUCGUCGGAUCUGGUAGCGCCCUGAACCGUGGUGGUCCAGCAUCUCUCCUCAUCUGCUUCGGUCUCAUCGGUAUUAUGAUCUUCAACGUCGUCCACGCCCUCGGAGAACUCGCCUACAUCUACCCCAUUUCUGGUGGGUUCUACACUUUCUCGGUCCGCUUCAUCGAUCCUUCUUGGGGUUUUGCCAUGGGUUGGAAUUACGUCCUCCAAUGGGCCGUCGUCCUACCGCUAGAAUUGGUCGUGGCUGGUCUCACAGUGAAUUUCUUCGGUCUUGAAGUCAACAACGCCGUCUGGAUCACGGUCUUCUGGGCAUUCAUCAUCAUCAUUUCGGUUUUCGGUGUCCUCGGCUAUGCUGAAGAGGAAUUCUGGGUCUCAUUGUUGAAACUCACAACCGUCAUCGUCUUCAUGAUCAUGGGUGUCAUCUUCGCCUGCGGUGGAGGCCCAAGCAGUGGCCAGUACGGCGAGUACUGGGGCGCCAGGCUAUGGUAUAACCCAGGCGCCUUCGCGAACGGAUUCCGAGGAUUCUGCAGUGUCUUCGUCACUGCUGCUUUCUCCUUCUCCGGCACCGAACUCGUUGGUCUGGCCGCAGCUGAGUCUGAGAACCCACAAAAAGCCCUGCCUAGCGCCAUCAAGCAGGUGUUCUGGCGUAUCACUCUCUUCUACGUUCUCGGCUUGUUCUUCGUUGGUCUCCUGGUCCCAUACGACGACCCACGUCUUCUUGGUGCUGGUGGCCUGAUCGACGUUUCUGCCUCGCCAUUCGUCUUGGUCGCCAUCAAUGCCGGCAUCCCCGCUUUUGGAACCUUUGUCAACGUGGUCAUCAUGUUGUCAGUUCUGUCAAUUGGUCUCUCCGGUGUCUACGGUGGUUCUCGUACCCUUACUGCCCUCGCAGAGCAGGGCUACGCUCCUAAGUUCUUCGCCUACGUUGACCGCGCCGGACGACCGCUUCCAGCUACCAUCACGAUCAUCGCCUUCGGUGGUAUCGCCUACAUCUCUCUUGCAAGCAGCGGUGUCACUGUCUUCAACUGGCUCCUCUCCUUGUCCGGCCUCGCCGCUCUGUUCACAUGGGGAAGCAUCUGUCUUGCACACAUCCGAUUCCGAUCCGCGUGGAAGUACCACGGCCACACCCUCGAUGAGCUUCCAUUCCAAGCUGCUUUCGGAGUUGCGGGAUCAUGGGUUGGUGUGGCCCUUGUUGUGGUUGUCUUGGCCGCUACCCUCUACGUCGCCAUCGCCGCAUCCAUUGCCGACGCUAGCGUCGAGCCAUUCUUCCUCAACUACCUCGCCGUCUUCGUCGUCAUCGUCUUCUACAUUGGUGGUUACUUGUGGAAGCGCAAGAGCUGGUUGAGCCUCGCUGAGAUCGAUGUUGACUCUGGUCGCCGUGAGCUUGAUUAUGAGGCAUUCCAGGCCCUCAAGGCGAAGCGUGCUGCAUGGCCAGCAUGGAGAAGAAUUCUCGACAAGUUCGUCUAGAGGUGGUCAUACAAUAGUUGGAAGGUAGUGUUUGAUUGAUAAUGAGCUGGAUGAAGUUAUGCUUGAUACCCAU